GACAGGGUUAUCUCCCAUUUAGCUACACAUGUGAAAAUGGCAAAAGUUGAACAAUCAAGAUUUGCUCUCUUAAAAAUUGAAGAUGAUGAUGAUGAAGAUAAUGCCAAACCCAAAGACAAUGCUAACAAAUCAAAUAAUCAACAGAGCUCAAACAAAAAGAAAAACAAAAAGAAGAAAAAGGCAGAACAACAGCAAGAAAAUGACGAGCUCAAACAUUUAGCCUUUGCUAAACCAGGAUCUAAUAAGCAAAGAAAUAAACAGAAUGGUCACUCUGAAGUAUCUGAUAACCAGUGGAAGGACUGGAAGAAAGCAGACCAAAAUUAUGCAGCAGAAUCGUAUGAAAAAGAUCUGGAACAGGCUUUACUUAUGAGUAAAAUGGAGUUUGAACAAAAGAAAGAGGUAACAAAGUCAUUUAAAGAUGCUGGUAUAAAUAUAGAUGAAGAAAGCACAAAGGAAAAGAAGAAGAAAAAGAAGGACAAACCACAGACAAUGAGUCUAGAAGAAUUCAAUGCAGGAGGAAAAAUGACACAUUCAGAUGAAUUAGAACAUUUAUCAGUACACCCAUCCAGUAAACCAGAAACACCUGUUACAGAGGCAGACCCAAAAUUCUUCAGUCAUGUGGAGGGAGAUGUAGAAAGAAUUCUUAGAAAAGAAAAAAUGCAAGAAGAAUAUCAAAAACAAUAUGCAGCAGAAAAAGUAAUGACAGCUAAGCAUCAGUCAGAAACAGCCAAAAAAGAUAAAGAAAUUGAAUUUCUAAAAGCAACAGUUAAAAAAUUAGAGGAAGAAUUUAAACAAGUAAAGAAACGUAAUAAACAACUGUGUGUUAUAUUAGCCCAGGGUGAAAUGAAAGAAAAGGCAGAAGUAUUAAUGCAGGUGCAGCAGUUGUCAGAUGUAAAAGAUGAGCUCACACAACAGGUCCAAGAAUUAACAGGAGAAUUAGAAAAAGAGAGAUCAAAAGUACAUUCAUUGAAGACAGAAUUGGAUAAAAUAAAAGGACAUGGAACCAAACAUAGUGGAAAGUAGUAAAAAAAAAAAACAAGACUUGUGAUAUUGGCAUUGAUAAGAAAGAUAAUGACUUUAUACCUCAUACUGACAUAGAAUUGGGAGGUAGUCAAUGUACUUAUUAUGACAAUUGUGUUGAUAUUGUAUGUUAAAAAGUGUUAAGAUGUGAAUGAGACUUAAAUUGGUGCAUUUUAUACUUGAUUUUGUUAGACCACUAAGAAUCUCCCGGCAUUGAAAAGGAAAUUAUAAAGAAAUGUGAAAUUUGUCAAUAUCUAAUACAUGUUUGUUUUAAAAAUGGCAAGUGGUAGAAUAUUUCUUUCCUUUUCUUAAGGUGAUGAAUGUGUUUUUUUCUUCAUGUAAAAAGCAUGAAAGAAUGUUUUAUUCUGUAUGUGUACACUACAGUUGAAUGUAAACAUGCUGUGUAAAUACCAGUUAUUUGUUAUUGGACAAUGUUUUUAUUAAUCAUGACUGUACUUUUUGUAUAAUUUUGUUUUUAUAAAAAGCCAUUGUUUUGUUUAUUUGAAAUGUAAUUUACAGUUAUGGGUGUUCCAUUUUUUACAUGGCCAGUUUGAACAAUAGAGAUGGUACUAAAAAAUAUAUACAUGUAAUAUUAAUUCAGAACUUUAAUUCAUAACUUUUGUGAAGUAUUUCAAAAUGAGAAAAAUGUGAGAAAAAGAGUAUCACAUUAAUUCAAGUUCAUAUUUUUAGUUUUAAAAAGACAAUUAGUAUUAAAAAAUCAUAUUAAUUAACCUUGUGUGUUUGUACAGUGUUUAACAAUCACAUGAAAAUAAUUCCCACAAAUAUUUUCGAGUCGACAGUUAAUUGUUAUCUUCCCAUAAACUGUUUGAUAUCUCCUUCAUUGAAAUCAACAUUUGCUGUAAUACUAUUUAGUUACUGUAUAUAAUACACAUUCAGUUCAGUUUUUUAAGGCAGAUACUGAAAAAUGGAAAUGAUGUGUUACUUUUAAGUUUUCCCGAGAGAAAGUGGUUAAAGCAUUCAUAAAUGGCUUGUCUACCAAUAAAGGGUGUUUGUUAACCUCUUGAUGUCUUUUUGUGUUUUGUUGGGUUGUUUGGAUGCUGUCUGAAUGCUGUUUAUCAGACAUCCCCUACCAUUCAUACAUUUGAAUUUUUAUUUAGAAAACAAAAGUACACUGUAAUUGUUUGAAAAUAUUCUGUUAUUCUAUUAACGUUUUAUACAUAUUGAAAUAAUUUUUUUGAGAAUAAGCCAUGUAAUAAUCAUUAUAAAUUGAUCAAUAUUUUUUAUGUUUUUAUUAAUGUUUUCAUGAAAUGAAAGGAAAGAAUUGUGUACUUGUUCUUAGUUUCCUGAUAAUGUUAAAAUUGUUUUCAUAAAUAAAAAAUACAUAACGGUUAUCUCCCCUUAGAUUGAACAUAGUUAGCUCCCCUGGUUUAUAACAUAGAUUCAUUUAAAAAAUAAAUAAGUCUGUAUUUGUGGUGUAUAUUUGAAUUAUGUCAUUAAACAAGCUUACUAGGGAAAUGAUGCUAAAUAAUCAUUUCCUGUAUUAAAAUCUUUUUAAAACAAAAACAUAAUGAUAAGAAGUUUAAAACUAAGUGGUCAGCAAGUAUUUAAGAUGGAGGCCUUUUAAAAUGUGCUGAAAAGUGCCCAGUUUAACAGAAAUAAUCAAAUAAAUUCUUACAUCUGUUCAAAUGUUGCACCAAAAUGAUUUUUAGUUUUUUAGAUUUCCUUGUACCACUUUUAAGAAAAUUGUUUAGAAUUGUUUUCAGGGAAAAAAUGAAAUUCUGAUUUCUUACACUUUUACCCCAUUAUUGUUUCAUGAAAAUUCAAAGAACUUGAAAUAAAAAAUAAUUGUGGCCUAUCCAUGUUACAUUCAUAGCUAACUUGGUCUCUGAUAGUGAAAUGUCCUUUAUUUAAUUCAAAUAUCGUUAUGCCAUUAAUUAUGGAGCAAGAUAAUGAUCAGUGAUAAGAAAAUAUUGUAAGAAAGUAAAAAAUAUCUUCUUCAUUUGUUAAUUUGUCUUUCUAUAGUUUUUUUAAAAUUGGUAUUUUGAGUCCGAUUAUGAGGUUGUUUUUGUAUUUUCAUACAUGCAUUAAAGAUGUUAUGUAA